AUGAUAUCUAUGCGCAAAAGCAUGAAAACUCCGUGCAAAUGCAUGAUAUCUAUGCGCAAAAGCAUGAAAACUCCGUGCAAAUGCAUGAUAUCUAUGCGAAAAAGCAUGAAAACUCUCUGCAAAUGCAUGAUACCUAUGCGCAAAAGCAUGAAAACUCUCUGCAAAUGCAUGAUAUCUAUGCGCAAAAGCAUGAAAACUCCGUGCAAAUGCAUGAUAUCUAUGCGCAAAAGCAUGAAAACUCUCUGCAAAUGCAUGAUAUCUAUGCGCAAAAGCAUGAAAACUCUCUGCAAAUGCAUAUCUAUGCACAAAAACAUGAAAACUCUCUGCAAAUGCAUGAUAUCUAUGCGCAAAAGCAUGAAAACUCCGUGCAAAUGCAUGAUACCUAUGCGCAAAAGCAUGAAAACUCUCUGCAAAUGCAUGAUAUCUAUGCGCAAAAGCUUGAAAACUCUCUGA